AUGGUGCCCCAAGUCAUCAACGACAACGCUAGCACGAGCGCGAGCGAGAAUGGUCGAAGCUGGCAGCGGGCACUGUUGCUGCUCAGCGAGGGGGGAUGCGAGGUUGGAGCCGACAUCACUGGCUACAACUUUGGAACUGGAGCGUGUGCGAGAAGGCUGAACGAGCUCACCACAUCGAGGUCGUCCUCGGGAAUGCGCGUUAGUGAAGACGCGACCUGGACCUCACCAGCGGCUGAGCUGGAGUCCGAUGCCAUCUGUGCUGAAAUGCUGGGCGGAGCGCGUGCGAAAGCGGCCAACACUGCGUGGCCCCCCCGUCCGCGCUCACGGCCCCCGGCCGCGCAUUCGGCGGUUCGGGGCUGCUCCUGA